AUGGCAGCUCCCGCCGCCGCCGACGGCGACGUGGCCGCUCCCGGCGCCCGCGUCUGGGUGCCAAUCAGCGAGACGCCCGCCGGAGCGCCGCCAGAGGACGACGACGAGGCGCUUCCUUUCACGCUCGGAGUCGUGCAGCGCCGCCGGCCAGAGGACGCGGCUCCUCCGUCGCCGGACAUGGUGCUGGUCAGCCUGGUGGAGGGCGGCGACGUGAGCGCCAAGCCUGUCUGGGUCAAGCCCGCCGCCCUCGUGCCGGCCAACCCCGAGACGCUCGACGGCGUGGAUGACGUCGGCGCGCUGUCUCACCUCAACGAGCCUUCGCUGCUGCGGGUGGUGAUGGCGCGGUACGCGGCGCGCUCGAUCUACACGCGCGCCGGGCCCGUCCUCGUCGCGAUCAACCCCUUCACCAAG